GCUGCUGGAAUAUUAUGAGAAUUUCAACGGCUAUUUUGGAUGAACUCCAGAGCCGGUGUUACGUAACGUGCUGUUUGCAGCCAUUGAGCAAAAAACAUUUCAUGAGGAACGUAUUAUGAGCUCAGCAGCAGCAGCAGCGUUGCGGCGUUUCCAAGCGGCACGACAUCACUUUUGUCGUCUUGAUAAUGUGCUUGACACCAAACAGGGAGGUGGCGCCGACGCCCGGGGACAUCUGCGGUGGGUGAGCAAGCACAGCCAAAAAAAUCCCACAAGAUGCUUCGGCUUGGCCCGGCGCGGGGCCGGCUUGGCACAGGAACUGAUGGAAAAAGUCUUCAGCCUCUCGCGCACCCCGCAGACUGACAGACAGACGUGGAAGUUCAACAGCAUCCGGCCUCUUCUCUAAACCACGUCAUCUUGAAAGCGGAGCAUGAAAGACUGAACUAGGGUGCUUCACGUCCUGUCACAUGAUAGCAGCCAAGCCAAACGAGCAGGCAGGUUGGGGUGGAGCUUACUGAUGCUGCAAUUAAGGACCGCACUGUCUGGGCGAGCUAACAAGAAUGAAUAUUUCAGUCCACGGAUCUCCAUGUGUGGGAGGCCAAAUCUCUCCGAAUGCGAGCGCAUGUCAAUCACCGGGCCCCUCAUGUGAUGGCUCUUGCCGGUGACGUGCAGCCAUAUGGGCGCUGGCAUCGCAGCCUUAUAGCUGGGACGCACGCUUUCUUUCGGGGAAGGGGGGGGAAGAGACGCCAGUGAAGGAAGAGCCAGAGCUCCGCUCGCACCUGCACGCCGACACGGAGCGACGCUUCGGUCCUCCCUGAAGAUGGUCUAAAAACGGUUGUUGUUUUUUUUUUCCUAUCCUGUUUUGGUACUCCCCCCCACCCCCUUUCCUUCCUCCUCCCUUCUCGUCACCCAUCCCGCGAGAAGACCUCGAGCCCAGAGCCCCCCCAAAAAUGUUGACGAGGCUUUUCAGCGACCCCUCGCUGCUCCCCGACGUGCAGAAAUACUCGGGCUGGGCCGAGGACAGCGACGGCGACGACGGCAAGCUGAAAGACGACGAAGCAGACCCGGACGCCCACGAGGACGACAUGGACGAUCUGAGGGGAGACAGCCGGACGCACUCGGAGCACGCCGGUGAGGACGACGAGGACGACGAGGCAGAGGACGACGACGACGGCGAGGACACGGAGGGGGAGCGCCCCAAGAAGCGGGGCCCCAAGAAGCGAAAGAUGACGCAGGCCCGCAUCGAGCGCUCCAAGAUGCGGCGCAUCAAGGCCAACGCCCGGGAGCGGACCCGCAUGCACGACCUGAACUCGGCGCUGGAUAACCUACGGAAGGUGGUGCCGUGCUACUCCAAGACGCAGAAACUGUCCAAAAUCGAGACGCUGCGCCUGGCCAAGAACUACAUCUGGGCCCUGUCGGAGAUAUUGCGCUCGGGGAAGCGUCCAGACCUGGUGUCCUACGUGCAGACCCUGUGCAAGGGUCUCUCCCAGCCCACCACCAACCUGGUGGCCGGCUGCCUGCAGCUCAACUCCCGCAACUUCCUCACAGAGCAGCCGUGCCCCGACGGCGCCCGCUACGGCUCGGGUUCCUUCUCCAUGCACUCGUACCCCUACCAGUGCGCCCGCCUGUCCAGCCCCCACUGCCGCCAGGGCUCGAACUCGCACCCGCUGGGCUCGCACGGCUACUGCCCGGCCUACGACUCGGUGUACGGCGGCAGCGGCUCCCCGGAGUACAACAGCCCCGAGUACGAGGGGCCCAUCAGCCCGCCGCCCCUGUGUAUCAACGGCAACUUUUCCGUCAAGCACCAGGGCUCGGCAUCCCCCGACAACGACAAGGCGUACCACUACUCUAUGCAUUACUCCGGCCUGCCCGGAUCCAGGCCCGGCGCCGCCCACAACCUGGUGUUUGGCUCCUCCGGGGCCCGGAGCGGCAUUCACUCGGAAAACGUCCUGCCUUACCACGACAUGCACUUACAUCACGAGCGGGCCCCCGGCUACGAAGAACUCAACGCCUUUUUCCACAACUAGAAGGAGGCGUGGCGUGGCGUGGCGUGGCGUGGCGUGGCGUGGCGUGGCGCGGCACGGCGCCUUGCUAUCCACAAUCUGACCACUCGAGUUCUUUCUUUUUAUGGGAUAAAGAUGUGAGUGCUUUUCUUUGACUUCCUCCAGCAUUCCCUUCUUGUUGUUUGCAAUCGUCAGGGAAACGACGGCGGGGAGGCGACGCACACGAAACACAAUGUAACUAAUUGACACCACAGAGAGAUUUUCAAGUAUUCAUGGUAUUUUUUCAUUAUUAUUAUUUAUUUGAAAGAUGUACUUUGUAUUUGUGUUGGUGCCUAUUUGCAGUUUUUUUUGACUCCCAAAAAAAAAAGAAGAAAUGAACCUACAUUGUGUUUUUUUUUUUAUUGUUUUUAAAAUAAAUUUAAGAAGGGAACAAAAUAGAGAUAAAUGAGGCUACUUGAGCUGUUCUUUUUUAUUUUGUUGUUGUUUGGCAUCUAUGCAAAAGCAGAUGUGACCACACACACACUUUUAAAAAGUAUACUUUUUUUUGGUUAUUUAUUAUCACUCCUUUAAGUGAACCAUUGCACUGUUUUAUUUAUUUGUGUUAUUUUACAUUUUAAUUUAUUGAUUUAUUUAUUAUUGCUGCACGUCUAUUUAUUAUUAUGUGGUUUUUCUGUAAUUAAUGUGAAUAGUUAAUGGACAUGAAGGGAUCCCAUGUGCUUAUUUAUUCAUUUUCCAUCCAGUCUUUCAACUUUGUAUUCAAUCAACUGUGUGGUUAAAAAAAAUGUAAUAAAAUGACAA